CUCCGACCCCACCCGGAACCCCCAUCUCCAUGUUCCCUCAAUGCCAUCCUCUUCCACGCAUCCCUCCUUCUGCCUUCUUGCUUUGAUCAGAAACGAGAACUCGCCACCAAAUAUAGCUACAAAAUGGGCAUCAUCGGUCGCUUCCUAAAACUCCCCAUUUACGGCGGUGUCGCUACCCUCGGCGCGCAUUUUAUCUGGACGCGCCAUUCCACCGUCGAGCCGCUCCCGACCACAGACUACCUUUUCACUUCACCCUCCUACAAAAAGCUCAAUCCAGAUCAAAACGCCGUGCUCAGUGACGUCUGUAUUCGCCGAGUGCCCUUGUCGCAGAUUGAUCCUCGCCUGCUGGAGAAGAAAGGGAAAUUAGUCGAAGCCUUUUGUGCUGGAGUAUGGGGCGGGUUUGGAUAUGACGUGCAACGCAAGUACAUGGCGAAAAAAUACCUCAAUGCAGACACGGCCCGCACCUCCCUCUGGUCUAAAAACGCCCUCGUGACGUCCUCUUACGAAGUGGGCACUGAGAUCACCGACCAUUUCAAGGUCCUCGAGAAGACGGACAACCGGAUCAUCGUACGCUGUGGUGAUACGCCAUCGAAAACGGGUGUUCGCGAAUCUGACGGCUUGUUUGAGAUGUCGGUAGAUGUCAAGAAAGACCAGGAUGUGGCUGUUUUCUACCUAAAGAGUGUCUUCUUCAAUGGCUUGUCUGGGCCAAAAGAAGGGCCUGGCCCGAUGCCCUAUCAUAUCGAGUUGUUGCAUCGCGAAUAUGAUAAAAUCUGGAUGGAGAGUGCGUUACGCAAUGUCUAUGCUUAAGGAUACCAGGAGAUAUUCUCCAUUGUGUAAUUGGUCUUAAUUCUACAGGCGCGAUAGGAGUUGUCGUUUUGGUGGCUUUCUGGGUUUCUCGAGAAAUUCCAAGAACAUUGAAGUGGGCUCAGAUUAAAUUAUAUAUGUAGGUUAAUCUCAAAUGUUGGAAAUAUCUGGUAAUUACUGAAUGGCCGCCUGGCUAUGACAUGCUUACACCAUGAGCAACGUAUGAGGUUCAGGACGACUAGAUACUUUGUUAUCCUCAAAUUCCGCCUCAUCCUCGUUC